AGUUAUUGGAAAACAGGCACGCAUGUGGUCCGGCUUUUCUGAAAUAUUCCAACGUGUCUGUUUAUUCGAAAGUGAAAUUUAGCUGCUGUCAAGCUACAUAGAGACACACUCUGUUUCGUAGAGACACCAUUGACGUUGCUCUUUUCUUUUUUUCAAGCUGGCGAAGGAAGCUGAAGCUCACUCUUUAUAAUGUCACAGGCCACCAAACGCAAACAUGUUGUCAAGGAGGUUCUUGGAGACUUUGUCACUCCCACAGAGAACCAGCAGAUUGUGAAGAUCACUGGUAGCCGUGGCAACAACCUCCAUGAAACUGUGACGGCCCAGGGCGAGACUUUCCUUGUGAGCAUGCCCACCAAGUUCCGCAAAAACAUCUGGAUCAAGAGAGGUGACUAUGUGAUUGUGGAUCCCAUUGAGGAAGGAGAGAAGGUGAAGGCAGAGAUCAGCUUCAUUCUCUACAAAGAUCAUAUUCAGUACCUGCAAAAACAGAAGCUCUGGCCAGAGGGUUUUACAGAGGAGUCGUCAGAACAGGAAGCAACGAACAAACAGCAGGAAAAGGAAGAAGAGAAAGACGAGGAAUAUAGUGACUCUGAAGAUGAUGAGAGCGACCUCUUUGUAAACACUAACCGCUGUAACUACGAGUACAGUGAGAGCGAGGAGGAGGACAGUGAGGAAGAAGAUGAUGACCAAGAGGAACGGACAGAAAAUGGCUCAUAGUGGCAGCACUGUGGACACGGACAAUCGAGAGGGAGAGUUGUGAACAUCAUGAGACAGUGUGCUCUGCUGUGCUGCAGCUGUCACUGCCUCUGGACUGCCUGAUGUAGUCAUUAAAUGACUGGACUUUAACUCAGUGGAACAAAAUAAGUCUUGCUUGUGAAAGUGAAUUGAAAAAAAAAAAAAAUCAGAAAUCAGUGACGUCAAACUUUAAGUCAAAGGUAAUGAGAAUCAUGUUUGAAAUUCUGACGGAUCAGUUUCUACUCUGCUCUCAGUGUCUCAGACUCACGCAUGUUUAUACUCUGAUCUCAAGUGCAGAACAUUACAGGAUACACAGUACUCCCACGCUUACUGUACAUUUACAGGUUAAGGUUAAUUGUUAUAUCCAUUCGUCCUCCUCUACAGGACAAAAUAAAUCUAUAACAAACUCACAAAAAGUGUGUGACUCAGAACCUUGGCACUAUCAUCAGAACACGUUUGUCAUGUUUGAUUUUAAUUAUUAGUUCAGACUGUUGAAGAAGUCCAGGGUGUGGUAGGAAUUGAAACACCUUUCCAGUUUCACCAGCCCUUUGAAGAAUAUUGUUUUAACUAGCCGGUCAGUUAAUGCUCCUUUACAAAGCUAAAUGUCAUGCUCAUUGUAAAGAUUCGAUUUUCUAAAUGCAGCUGCUUGGUGAUAUACUUUGUCACAGACGCUGAAAGAUCAACAUGCUCUGGUUUCAGCUGACUUUGUAUCACGCUGUAUUCAAUAGUUUGUUGUUGUGACUGCUUUGUGACUCAUCUUUGCUGACAUUCCUUACGCAGUUGCUGAUUUUGGUUUGUGUAAUGAUGAACAUUUUGGAAAUAGAUUCAUUCUUGAGCUGUGUCUUCC